AGCGGGUGACACGCGCGGGGACCCGGAAGUGGUUGCCGGGUAUCUCUCCAUGCGCCGGCUCCUGGCAACUGGCGAGAGGGAGCGAGCGAGUUCGGAGCCUCCGGCCCGGGCGCAGCUGGGAGCACCCCCCGGCCGCCACGAUGCUGAGGGGGGCAGAGGAAGGGCAGGUCACCGCGGUCACCAGAGCCCUGUCAGCGGCUUCUGUGCUUUGUCAAGUUGAACCUGUGGGAAGAUGGUUUGAAGCAUUUAUUAAGAGGAGAAACAUAAAUGUUUCUGCCUCUUUCCAAGAACUGGAGGAUGAGAAAGAGCUCUCUGAAGAGUCAGGGGAUGAAGAAUUGCAGCUUGAGGAAUUCCCUAUGUUAAAAACACUUGAUCCAAAGGACUGGAAGAAUCAAGAUCACUAUGCAGUUCUUGGACUGGGGCACAUAAGAUACAGGGCCGCUCAGAAACAAAUCAAAGCAGCGCAUAAAGCCAUGGUUUUGAAACAUCAUCCAGACAAGCGAAAAGCUGCAGGGGAGCAGAUAGGUGAAGGUGACAAUGACUAUUUUACCUGUAUAACUAAAGCUUAUGAAAUUUUGUCUGAUCCUGUGAAGAGACGAGCAUUUAACAGCAUAGAUCCUACUUUUGAUAAUUCUGUACCUUCUAAAAGUGAAGCAAAGGAAAAUUUCUUUGAAGUUUUUUCACCAGUUUUUGAAAAGAAUGCCAGAUGGUCAAAUAAGAAAAAUGUUCCUAGACUGGGGAACAUGAACUCUUCAUUUGAAGAUGUGGAUGCAUUUUAUUCAUUCUGGUAUAAUUUUGAUUCUUGGAGAGAGUUUUCUUAUUUAGAUGAAGAAGAAAAAGAAAAAGCAGAAUGUCGAGAUGAGAGGAGGUGGAUAGAAAAACAGAACAGAGCAGCCAGAGCACUGAGGAAAAAAGAAGAGAUGAACAGGAUAAGGACAUUAGUUGACAAUGCAUACAGCUGUGAUCCUAGAAUAAAGAAAUUCAAGGAAGAAGAAAAGGCAAAGAAGGAAGCAGAAAAGAAAGCAAAGGUAGAAGCAAAACGAAAAGAACAGGAAGCAAAAGAGAGACAAAGACAAGCAGAAUUAGAAGCAGCACGGUUGGCUAAGGAGAAGGAAGAGGAAGAAGUUCGACAACAAGCAUUGCUGGCAAAAAAAGAAAAAGAUAUACAGAAAAAAGCAAUUAAGAAGGAAAGACAAAAAUUGAGAACAACGUGCAAGAACUGGAAUUACUUUUCUGAUAAUGAGGCAGAGGGUGUUAAAAUGAUGGAAGAGGUGGAAAAGCUUUGUGAUCGUCUUGAACUAGCAAGUCUGCAAUGCUUGAAUGAAGCACUUACAUCCACGACAAGGGAAGGAGGAAAGGCUGCUGUAGAAAAACAGAUAGAAGAAAUAAAUGAACAGAUCAAGCAAGAAAGAGAAGAAGCAGAGGCUCGUUUGCGCCAGGCAACCAAGAGUUCAGAGAGAUCAACAAGCGGUGGCGGAGGUGGAAGUAAAAAUUGGUCAGAAGAUGACUUACAGUUAUUGAUUAAAGCUGUGAACCUCUUCCCCGCUGGGACUAACUCAAGGUGGGAAGUUAUUGCCAAUUAUAUGAACUUGCAUUCUACUACUGGAAUAAAACGAACAGCAAAAGAUGUCAUCAAUAAAGCAAAGAGCCUCCAGAAACUUGACCCUCAUCAAAAGGACGACAUAAACAAGAAAGCUUUUGAUAAGUUUAAGAAAGAGCACGGAGUGGUACCUCAGACAGAGAGUGCUGCACCUUCAGAGCGAUUUGAAGGACUAGUCACAGAUUCAGCCCCUUGGACUACAGAAGAGCAAAAACUUUUAGAACAGGCUUUGAAGACAUAUCCAGUAAAUACUCCUGAAAGAUGGGAAAAAAUAGCAGCUGCUGUCCCAGGCCGGUCAAGAAAAGACUGCAUGAAGCGCUAUAAGGAACUUGUUGAAAUGGUUAAAGCAAAGAAAGCUGCCCAGGAACAAGUGUUGAAUGCUGCUAAAGCAAAGAAAUGAGACUCAGUGACAAUCUGUGUGUUCUGUUUUAUAAUAAAAAUGCAAAUACUGUA